AUGGAGGUCUACAACUUCAACUCCUCCAUCCUCUACAUCCAUAAGCCGUCAAACAGCAGCGAUGGCGAGGGUGACAUUACCAUAUACGAGGGAUGCCAGGACAUGCCGGAGGUCCUGAUAUUUUAUCUGACCCUGCAGUUCAUCAAUAUGUUCUUGGGGAUCCCUGCUAACCUGAUGGUGCUGUGGCUCCUGCACAAGAACAAGGGGGACUCCUCCAGCUCCGACAUCUUCAUCCUCCACCUGGCCAUCCUGGAUACCUUCUUCUGCCUCAUCCCACCCCUGGAGAUGGCCAACAUAGUCUUCCUCACCAACAGCAACACCUGGUACAUACUGCGAUUCUUCUAUGGGGUGAAAGACUCUUCGCCGCUCUUCCUCUCCUGCAUCUGCUUGGACCGCUACAUGGCCGUCCUGCACCCAAUCACCUUCACCGAGCUGAAGGACCGAAACCACCGCUCGGUCUGCGCUGCUGUGGUGUGGCUGGUCACCCUGGCCUACGCGGCGGCCAAGUGCGUGGGCAACAUCCCCGACUUUGGAAAGGCCUUCACCAUCAUGAUCCUGGCAGCUUUUACCAUCAUGCUCUUCUGUAAUGUGGCCAUCCUGAACGCGCUCCGCAAGUCAGGUCCCGGUCGUGACGAGAUGCAUCCAGUCAAGAAGAGGGCCUUCAAGAUGGUGCUCAUCAUCCUGGCCAUCAUCGUCUUCAACUAUUUCCCACCUGUGGCGUUGUUCCCCUUCCAAGAGUACUUCUCCUCGGACGAUUUCUAUUGUCGUGUCCACCCUUUAGCAAUGGGAUUCAUGGACAUCAGCAGCAGCAUUCAGCCUCUUCUCUACCUCUCCCGGGAGAUUCCCAGCGUCCUUUGCUGCUGCGCCAAUGAUCAAGGCUCAGGAAGCUCCACUGAUCCACGCUGAACUUUUUGAACAAAAAGAUCUGGUGUGUAAAUUUGCAGUUAUAUUCCUUUUUUCUGUCUUCUCUUAAAUAAAUGAAUAGGAAUCAUGUAUCAAGUCCAAAUAAAGGGACACUGACUGAAGCUGUAAAAGGCAACACCUAUAAAUGUACUAAAAAGCAACAGUCUAUCAAAUACAAUUGCACUAUCUUGAUUUUGACACCUUGUUAUCCCGAUCUUGGAUUUUAAAAAAGAGCAUUGUUCAAAACUUCUAGGAAAGAGAUAUUUAGGGUUCCACUGCAAAGCAAAGGAAACCUAUUGUGAUUGCUGAAAUUCUUAUAUUUUUCUCCAAACUUUUGUUCAAAAUAACUUGGACAAAUAUUGGUAAUUCGUUGCCCAUUUUGACCCCAGAUAGUACAGGCUAUUUGUUACCUGGACAAAAGAAACAACAUGAGUUGGUCAUUUGGGGGCACAAUAAUCAGGUCCCAAGGUCAAAACCUUUAGCCCAACCAUGCCGGGUACAUUGGCACGAACCUGGAACAUCAAUACAUCUCCUGAUUGCCUCACCAAAUAAUUUUUGGCUGCCAUUUAGAAUUUUUAAAAAUAUCUUCAAAAGACAACUUCUCA